GACGCGACCAGGACGCGGGGAGGACGGACCAGCAGGACAGACCGACCGGGGGCCCGGCGGGCGGAGCGCAACGCAGCGCAGCCACGUCCCCCCUGGAUCCGCCGGCAGCCGGGCCCGGGGCUUCAGACAUGCCCCCCAGGAGAGUGUGCUGGGCAGACGAUGCUGGACACGAUGGAAGCGCCGGGCCACUCGAGGCAGCUGCUACUGCAGCUCAACAACCAGCGCACCAAAGGCUUCUUGUGCGACGUGAUCAUCGUGGUGCAGAACGCCCUCUUCCGCGCGCACAAGAACGUGCUGGCGGCCAGCAGCGCCUACCUCAAGUCCCUGGUGGUGCACGACAACCUGCUCAACCUGGACCAUGACAUGGUGAGCCCGGCCGUAUUCCGCCUGGUGCUGGACUUUAUCUACACCGGCCGCCUGGCCGAUGGCGAGGAGGCGGCGGCUGCAGUGGCCCCGGGGACUGAGCCGAGCCUGGGCGCCGUGCUGGCCGCGGCCAGCUACCUGCAGAUCCCCGACCUCGUGGCGCUGUGUAAAAAGCGCCUCAAGCGCCACGGCAAGUACUGCCACCUGCGGGGCGGCGGUGGCGGUGGCGGUGGGUACGCGCCCUAUGGGCGGCCCGGCCGGGGCCUGCGUGCCACCACGCCCGUCAUCCAGGCCUGCUACUCAUCCCCCGCUGGGCCGCCACCACCGCCGCAGGCCGAGCCGCCGCCGGGCUCCGAGGUCGCUGUGAACACGCACUGCGCCGAGCUGUACGCCUCGGGUCCCGGCCCGGCCGCCGCCCUCUGCGCCCCCGAGCGCCGCUGCUCCCCGCUCUGCGGCCUGGACCUGUCCAAGAAGAGUCCGCCGGGCUCCACGGUGCCCGAGCGACCCCCGGGAGAGCGUGAGCUGCCUUCGCGGCCCGACAGCCCGCCGGGCGCCGGCCCCGCCGCCUACAAGGAGCCGCCCCUCUCGCUGCCGCCGCUGCCGCCGCUGCCCUUCCAGAAGCUCGAGGAGGCCGUGGCGCCGCCGGACCCGUUUCGGGGCGGCAGCGGCAGCCCGGGCCCCGAGCCGCCUCCCGGGCGCCCCGACGGGCCCAGCCUCCUGUACCGCUGGAUGAAGCAUGAGCCGGGCCUGGGCAGCUACGGCGACGAGCUGGUCCGGGACCGGGGCUCCCCGGGCGAGCGCUGCGAGGAGCGCGGAGGUGACGGGGCCAUCUCGCCCGGGGGUCCCCCGCUCGGCCUGACCCUGGCGCCAGCGCCACGUUACGCCGGAAGCCUGGAUGGGCCGGGCGCAGGCGGUGACGGCGACGACUACAAGAGCAGCAGCGAGGAGACGGGCAGCAGCGAGGACCCCAGUCCACCUGGGGGCCACCUCGAAGGCUACCCCUGCCCACACCUGGCCUAUGGCGAGCCAGAGAGUUUCGGUGACAACCUGUACGUGUGCAUUCCCUGUGGCAAGGGCUUCCCCAGCUCGGAGCAGCUCAACGCGCACGUGGAGGCACACGUGGAGGAGGAGGAGGCACUGUACGGCCGGGCUGAGGCGGCGGAGGUGGCCGCGGGGGCUGCGGGCCUGGGGCCCCCUUUUGGCAGCGGUGGGGACAAGGUCCCUGGGACUCCAGGAGGCCUAGGGGAGCUACUGCGGCCCUACCGCUGUGCAUCGUGCGACAAGAGUUACAAGGAUCCGGCCACGUUGCGGCAGCACGAGAAGACGCACUGGCUGACCCGGCCCUAUCCGUGCACUAUCUGCGGGAAGAAGUUCACGCAGCGCGGGACCAUGACACGCCACAUGCGCAGCCACCUGGGCCUCAAGCCUUUCGCAUGCGACGCGUGUGGCAUGCGCUUCACGCGUCAGUACCGCCUCACCGAGCACAUGCGCAUCCACUCUGGAGAGAAGCCUUACGAGUGCCAAGUGUGCGGUGGCAAGUUUGCGCAGCAACGCAACCUCAUCAGCCACAUGAAGAUGCACGCCGUGGGGGGUGCAGCAGGCGCAGCUGGGGCGCUGGCGGGCCUGGGGGCGCUUCCCGGCGUCCCGGGUCCUGAUGGCAAGGGCAAACUCGACUUUCCCGAGGGCGUCUUUGCGGUGGCUCGCCUCACUGCUGAACAGCUGAGCCUGAAGCAGCAGGACAAGGCGGCCGCCGCCGAGCUGUUGGCGCAGACCACGCACUUCCUGCACGACCCCAAGGUGGCGCUCGAGAGCCUCUACCCGCUGGCCAAGUUCACGGCGGAGCUGGGCCUCAGCCCGGACAAGGCUGCGGAGGUGCUGAGCCAGGGCGCGCACCUGGCCGCCGGGCCUGACGGCCGGACCAUCGACCGGUUCUCUCCCACCUAGAGCGCCUUGCACCAGCCAGCAUGUCGCUUGCUGUACCUCCCUCAGGGAGUGACAGCAACAGCACAGCGCCGAGCAGGUUCACUGUGCCCCAGACAGCUGUGGAAUCAGCCUCACUGCUUUGUGCCUUAGCCUGGGGUAGGGGUGGGGAAAAGACCCCAGGACGGUAGCGGGAUGGGGGGAGGGAGAUUUAUAUUUUUGAUAUCAGCUUUGACCAAAGGAGACCCCCAGCCCCUCAGCACCUCUUCCUGUGGCUCAUGGGUCUCUCCCGAGGCUUUGUGCUGCUCUUGGGGGAGUGUCACUGUUGGGGGGCUCCCAGCCCUACCUCCAGCCCUGCGACCACACCUAUUCUCACUGUGAAUCUCCCCGCUGGGGUCUGAGCGCGUUGGGCGGAGUUGGGGAGCUGGGAGGGGACUGAGCCGGCCAGAGGGCCCCCCGCCCUCGCUCCCACCUGCCCCGGGACUGAUAAUGUGAAGUUCCUCAUUUUGCACAAGUGGCACUAGCCCCAGGGCCAAACUUUUCUUCCCUGACCACUAUGGGCAGGGAGUUCUGGAGCCAGAGGGCUGCGACAGCCCGACAGCCCGGAGUACCCAGGCUCCCACUCCCACGGCGCCCUUUCCCUGGGGCCCCGGACCAUAUUUAUUGCAUGCACCCCGGCGGCCCCAUCCCGAGCCCAGGCUGGGCUGGGCUGGAAUGCGGUCUCUUUAGUUCCCUUGUCCUCUCUCCUUUUGAUUUGUAUUAUUUUCUACCUUGUACACAGGCUCUUCUAGAGCCGCUUCCAUUUUCUAUACUCGAACCAAACAGCAAUAAAGCAAUAACCAAGGA